UCGCAGAACUGAGUGGAGCUGAGACGGUACUGUAGCUGGUGGGAGGAAGUCCCGGAGGCCAUGGACAGUCAGCCACUGGGAUCACCGAGAUGAGCAGCAGCUGCUCAGGGCUGAGCAGGGUCCUGGUGGCCGUGGCUGCAGCCCUGGUGUCUGCCUCCUCUCCCUGCCCCCAGGCCUGGGGCCCCCCAGGGGUCCAGUAUGGGCAGCCUGGCAGGGCCCUGACACUGUGUUGCCCUGGAGUGACUUCUGGGGCCCCGGUGUCCUGGUUUCGGGACGGGGAGACAAGGCUGCUCCAGGGACCUGAUUCUGGGCUAGGGCCCGAGCUGGUCCUGGCCCGGGCAGAAAGCACUGACGAGGGCACCUAUAUCUGCCGGACCCUGGACGGUGCACUUGGGGGCAUGGUGACCCUGCGGCUAGGCUACCCUCCGGCCCGCCCCGUUGUUUCCUGCCGAGCUGCCGACUACGAGAACUUCUCCUGCACCUGGAGUCCCGGCCAGGCUAGCGGUUUACCCACCCGCUACCUCACCUCCUACAGGAAGAAGACUGUGCCGGGAGCUGAUGGCCAAAGGAUGAGUCCAUCCACAGGGCCCUGGCCAUGCUCACAGGAGCCCCCUGGGGCGGCCCGCUGUGUAGUCCACGGGGCAGAGUUCUGGAGCCAGUAUCGGAUCAAUGUGACUGAAGUGAACCCCCUGGGGGCCAGCACCCGCCUGCUGGAUGUGAGCUUGCAGAGCAUCUUGCGCCCUGACCCGCCCCAGGGGCUGCGGGUAGAGUCCGUGCCUGGCUAUCCUCGUCGCCUGCGUGCUAGCUGGAUGUACCCUGCCUCCUGGCCCCGCCAGCCCCACUUCCUGCUCAAGUUCCGGCUGCAGUACCGUCCAGCACAGCAUCCAGCCUGGUCUACGGUGGAGCCAGCUGGAUUGGAGGAGGUGAUCACCGACGCCGUGGCUGGGCUGCCCCAUGUCGUGCGGGUCAGCGCCCGGGAUUUUCUGGACGCUGGCACCUGGAGCUCCUGGAGCCCCGAGGCCUGGGGGACUCCAAGCACCGAGCCCCUACCGAAGGAGAUACCAGUUGGGGACCAGCAGCACACACAGACAGAGGAAGAACCUCAGGUGGACAGCCCCGCUCCCCCAGGGCCGUCCCUUCUACCUGACCCGCGGCCACUUGACCACAGAGACCCCCUGGAGCAGGUGGCCGUGCUGGCAUCUUUGGGAAUCUUCUCUUUCCUGGGACUGGUGGCUGGGGCCCUGGCAUUGGGGCUCUGGCUAAGGUUGAGACCAGAUGAGAAGGAUGGGCCCCAAAAAUCUGGGCUCUUGGCCCCAAUGAUUUCAGUGGACAAGCUUCCAGGAGUCCCAAACCUGUAGAGGACCUUGGAGGCCUUCAGCUGAUUCCACCUAUAAUGCUGGUGUGGAUGGAUGGACAGAUGGAACCUAGGCAGGACAGCAGAUCCCCAUGGAGGCGGGUUCUCAGCUGGAAGUUCUAUUUGGACCCAUUUCUAUGAGACUCUGUGUUCCCAACUUGCCAGUUGAAAGGUGCCUGGACCUCUGACUUCAUCCCAGAGCUGGAGGUCUACCUGAAGAAUGUGUGUAGAUGUGUAUGUCUGUGUGUCUCCAAGUGUGUGUGAGGCAGGGGACAUGUGUUCUCUGCAUGUAUGUAUAUAGGUACCUGGUGAGUGUGUGUGGGUCUUACGCUCUUGGCUUUGCCCCUGGCGGGAGUUGUGAGGGUGUGAAUAAAGAGAAUGAGGAGGUUCUGUCUGUUGA